GGCCCAUCGUCCGCUUCAGCCAACGAAGCCCGCCCAUUGCGCUUCGAGAUUCGCGUCACCAUCACUUUUUUAUUUGCAAAUGAAUAUUCCAACCAGGUGAAGGAAUCGCAGUUCGAUUAGAUUCGGCAAUCCGCGCGAGGAAAGAUAAAAAGAAUAAAAGGCGAGGCGGCGGGAGGGGUGUGGGGUUUGGGAGGCCGAGCCGGAGCGAGCGAACUAUUACUUCAUCGUCCUCCUCGUCCUCAAUCCGUGCGUCUUGAUCAUGGGAAAGGGGAAGUUUAAGGGCAAGCCCACGGGGCGCAGGAACUUCUCCACCCUGGAAGAGAUGAUUGCUGGUACCUCAUCUCGCCCUCGCAGAUUUAAGCAGGUGGAGGUUGAGCACAAAGAAGGGGAGGAAAUCGAAGAGGAAUCUGAAGAGGAUUCUGAAGAAGAGACUGAGAGAAGGAAAGGCAUCCAGGGCAUUAUUCAGAUAGAGAAUCCAAACUUGGUAAAACCAAAGACUAUGAAAGCUGGACAAGCUGAUCUGGAGAGAACAACUGAACUCUCAAGGCGUGAAAGGGAGGAGAUAGAGAAACAAAAAGCCCAUGAGCGAUACAUGAGGCUGCAGGAGCAAGGAAAAACAGAACAAGCUAGAAAAGAUUUAGAGCGUCUGGCCUUAGUACGAAAACAAAGAGCAGAAGCUGCAAAGAAGCGAGAAGAGGAAAAAGCUGCCAAAGAACAGAAGAGGACCGAAGCUCGAAAGUGAUCAUGCCUUUGCCAGAGAAGGAUGCUUGUGACCUCAACAAUUUGCUUUUGAAGUCAUUUGAACUAUAUUUGUUGGUCAAUCUCAACAAAUUUAAUUUAUAACUGUGCUCCAUUAAGUUUCAAUAGCUAUACUUUUCCAUCCGGGCAUUUUUAUUCUAUUAUUUAUUGAAAGCAUAGAGAAACUAAAGUAGUGCAGAAUGGGUAGUUGGAGACAGUGAUGUCUAAAUAUAAUUGAUUAAUAAGCUUAAAUUGGUGGGUUGUGUCAUUAUGUGCUCUUGGAUA